AUACGAAAGAUGAAUCCAACAAGAUUGUUCCUGAAAGAUCGUAAAAUUCUCUUGAGAGUGGCAGAAAAAAGUGAUUACGACAAAACUCUUCAGUUUCUAAGGAAACAUUUCUAUCCCUACGAUACCUUUGGUCAAGGAAACUCACAAUGCCGAGAGGAUGAGGAAAUUGAGAUGCAAUCCAUUGACUCAGGUACAUCAGUUCUUGCCAUAUCAGAUGACAGCAAGAUGGAAUUGGUUGGAGUUUCCUUAGCUCGAGAUUUCCGUGAACACGAUUCCCGUAAACUUCUGAAGAGAUUGCAGAACCUUUCUGAUCAACGUGGCCAUCCUACCGAUCUCGAUGGACUUAUAUUCCUUGAAGAAUUGAAGCUGCGAUCGGAAGUUUGUCGUCGAUUUGGAAUAAAUGAAGUUCUUUAUACAUCUCUUACAUGUGUUAGAGAAGAUUUCCGAAAAUUAACCCUGUCUAAUAUUCUUAUUGACAAGACCAUUGAAUGUGGAGCUAAACUGGGAUUCAAGUUUGCCUUCGGAUUGACGCUUGCCGAAAUACCUUAUAUAUUUAUGAGAUCUUUACAAUAUCAAACGUUUUAUUCUCUGAAAUUUGUGGACUAUGUAAAUUACCGUGGAAUACGUGUGUUUAGCCAUUUUCCUCCAGAAGCAAUUGCUAAUGUUGCAGGAAAACCUAUCAAAAUCCAAUAAAUGAAAUGAAUAUGAAACUGAAACAAA